AUGGCUCCAACGUUACAACAGUGCCCCGUCUGCUUUAACCACUAUAGAAGCACUCCAGACGGGAAGUUAUGUCGGCACGGAGGUAAAGUGAAAGGACAGGAAUGCUCGGAUUACUCUGGUGUUUUUGACAAGCUGACGGCCGUGCUGAAAUGUGUACCGGUGUACGACCAUAUCCCUAAGCCAUGCAGGGAGAAGUUUGCACUUGAUCUGAACGCCUUGCUGACGGCUGUUUGUAAUGACCCUGGUGACCCGGCUCACUGGGUUAGACUCCACUGUUUUGUCCCAUACAUCUUACAAAAAACUUCCAGAGGGGGUCGCCGGGUCAACCAGGGCAAUCUGGUCAACAAGCGUCUAAGCGAAUAUUCAACUAUUGGUCUUGAAACCCUGAUCAACGCUGUGUCAUCUUGUAUUGAACAAGAAAACCUGUCCUCGGCUGUCAGACUUGUCUGUUUGCCGGAGGGCCUGACGGAGAGCUCGCCGGCCACCUUCGAUAAAUUAUGUUCCAUCCACCCAAAAAGUCCGGUGGACAGCCGGGUCUUUCCCGCAUUGACACCAACGGCUGGUUGCGUUUCUCCCGCCGAGGUGCUGAGGGCCGUUAAAUCGUUCAAAAACGGUUCUUCUGGAGGCCUGGAUGGCCUACGACCCCAGCACCUUAAAGAUGUUUUUUUAGGCCCCUUCCCAAUCGACGACACACUGAACUCCUUAACCCAAUUCAUUAAUUUGAUCCUAUCUGGAGCUUGCCCACUCUCCCUCUCUGAGCUUAAAUUUGCCCUGGGUCGUGUUUCCUGUCUUUCGGCCCAUGAUGUCUUGACUAUUAUCCGCAAUGCUCUCAGUUUGCCCAAAUUGAUGUACUUCCUGCGUACAUCCAAACACAUUGACCCUUCUAAAUUCGGCGAAUUUGACGGAGCCCUGCGCACCGCCCUGUCGUCGAUUUGCAAUGUUCAAGAACCAUCCGGCAUUUCUGCGCAUGAUGGUAGGCGCCCGGACGGAUGCACACUAAUACCUUGGAGAGCCGGCAGAUGUUUGGCGUGGGAUGUUACGGUCCCUGGCAUCCUCGCCGAACGAUACGUAAACCUGACAAGUAAAGAAUGCGGUUUGGCCGAGGCCAGGGCAAUAGACGAGAAAAUGAAAAAAUAUGGGAACGCCCUCCCCUCGAUGGAAUUCUUGCCAAUAUGUAUCGAGGUUCUUGGCCCGAUGGACCCCAACACCCUUAAAUUUCUUAAGGCAAUAUGUAAAAUGAUCAGCGUCAGAUCAGGUGACAGCAGAGAACUGUUUUUCGCAACUAACCACAUUUCGUGCUUGUUGCAGCGGUUCCUGCGUGUCUGUGUGCUUGAAAAUAUCCAACUAAAUGCCGACAUGUGCAAUUAA